AUGACGGACGUAAGACAUAAUAGAGGACACUCGCGAAAGUUAAAAAUUGGAGUUGGCGGACAACCGGUGGUAAGCGCGAUGAAAUUGUCACUUCAACCACUGUUCUUUUUACUUCAUACACGGUCAAGUAAACUUUGAUUGUUUUAUUUUACGCAGCAAAGUUGGCAAAAUGAAAUCGAACUCCAGCCCACAAGUUCUCUGGGAAAGGUCACUUCUGCUCAGAAUACAGACUCGAAUUUAGUAGAUGGAAUGCGCCAUCCCGUUGCACAAGGAACGGCUUCGAAGCAAGCAUUCACUACCGUUAACACACGAGCGAGGAAAGAAGCCGCGGCUUUUCCGGUGUUCCAUUCCAAAAAUGCCCCGAUGAAAGUCUCUGUAACUGGAGAAUGGGCUCUUAAGGAGUGCGAGGUACUUAACUAUAACUUUAUUUAAGGUUCAUUAUGUCUGUUUAAAUAUUCCUGGUGAAUACAAUAAAAGAUUACAAUCAGUUUACAAAUUGAUGUAUAGUAUUGGAAGUUGUAGCUCACAGUCGGGCUGUUGUUUGGUUUCAGGUCAGUAACUAUGCGCCCUCUGUGAAGGCUUAUAGCUUUUGAAAUGUCGUUUCUAAGAUAACUUUUCGUUCAACAAUCAUAGCGUUAUUGUUUGUGUUUUAUUCAAAGGAUUUCACAUCUUGGGCUAAUCAUUUACUCAAGAGAGGAAAACGCAGAACCAUUUCCGACAUCCGACGCUCGGUUGGUGAUGGGCAAACUUUAGUUCACAUUCUGGAAAUUUUAGGUGAGCUAAAUUACUCUCGUUAUUUCUUUAAAAAUUAUUGUUUGUCCUACUACAUAUUUGUUGGUCUUUCAUUAAAACAAAACCAAACAAAGAGAAUAUCGCUUUCACGAUACAAAGUAUCGACCGUCUGCGUUCGUACGGAUAUCUAUUGCAAUUUUUUAUAUUACGCUUGCGGUUUGAUAGAUCUGUUUUGGUUCACGCAACCACCCGUCAUUUGUAAACUAGAGCAGAUUUUAUGGUCUUUCCGUUUGUUUAAAGUUGUUAUUUUACCUUCCCGGUUACAUUUGUGUAGAAAAAUUCUAUCAUUUGAUAAAAAUUGAAUAAUAAUUAAUGAUUAUACAGUGAUUGUUCUCAAUACUUUUAAUUGAUGACGCUUCCAGAAAAAUCACGCAAUUGACAGUUGUUCAUCUUACUCUCUUGUGUUUGACAAAAGCACCCUGCAUUUGUAGGUGAUAAACAAAACUCUUCGAAAAUCAUUCCCAGCUUGUGCUAUGUGAUCUCAUCCUACAUUAAUUGUAACAUUUCUGUUUUUAAAGAAUCAUCAACUCACUUAAGUGUCUAUUCUGGUAUAUAUUAGAGGUGAUAAUUUAUGGCUUUCUGUUUUUCUUUUCUAAAUACACUUGUUUAAUAUCAUGAAGUCCCAUGGCUAUAGAUGUAAAUUAAUGAAUAAAAUACUAAGAUACUAAGAUUGUAAAGCAGAAAAUUAUUAGUCUGUGUCCAUCUCAUCUCUCAAUCCUUCAUUUCUAUGGGCAGGAUGUUAAAAUGCAUACUAGAGAAUGUGGGAUAAAAACUUGUCGCCGGCGAAUAACAUCUAUCCUGGGUUGAAUGUGUUGACCAGACAGAAUACCCAAAGCUAUCAUUUGAAUUAGUCCUUAAAAAAAAGAACAAAAAAAGAUUAAAAGCUAACCAAAGAUAAUGCAUGACCGCCAAAUAGCAUCCCUAUUUGCCUUUUAAAACUGGGUGUAUUUUGUAUGACUUCAAACAGGUAGAACUGCCCGCCCAGCGUGCAAAGAAAGUACUGCUCGAUAGCCCGGGGCUAGUAGAUUUUGCUAUCGGGCUAGUGAAUUCUGUUUUUAACUUGCCCAAUGGGCAACUGAUGUUUUAUGAGGAAUUUGAAUAACAGAAGAACAAAAAGUUUUUGGGGCUAGUUGAAAUGACGUCUGGGCUAGUAAAUGCUAGCUUCAGCUUGCCCGAAAGGCAAGCUGUAAAAAUGAUUUUCUUUGCACCCUGCUACCUGGCCAUACCUUGUUGUAAAGCUAAACAUAAGUAUCCAAUCCCAAUCCCAUUUUUCCCAUAAGGUUGGUAGUUACUCGGGUAAUUGGCCAACAAACUUGGACUCCACUUUAGAGGGACUUUCUAUUCACGAUGAUGCCCUGUUCAAGAUGUGAGUUUGAAAUAUUAUUCCCAAUUUUGGGAAAUAAAAAUUAAUAAAAUGUAUGGGCACCUUGAUUUACCCUAUAUAUCGGGCUACAGUUUCUCAAAUGAUUGGAAACAGCUACAUUUUUGUGUCAAGUGGAUAAAUAGAGGAUAUUACAUGGCUGCACUGAGAAACGAAAUUUAUUUCCAAAUGUUGAAAAAUAAUUCACGCAAGAGUGCAGAGAACAACUGAAAUUUUUUUUAACACAAGAAGAGAAAUUCUGUAUCUUCAAGCAGCCAUGUAAUGUUCUAUUCAUUAUAAUUAUAAACAUCAAUGAAAUACCAAACUAUUUCACUUUAGUGUUUUCUUUUGCUGUAAAAGGCACAAUUUAUUAUGUAGCCAUUAGCAAUAUGGUGAUUGUUUCACAUGUGAAGAUAUCAUUUUUUCACCCAAAAGCUCACCUGAUGUUUCGUUGGUGUUUAAUAUAUAAUCAACAGCAUUAUCCACUUUACAGACAUUGUAGUGGAUAGUGCUAUUCCCCUUUUAAAAAACUGGAGCUGUGAGUCUUAGAAGCACAACCCCAGUGGAUGGUACUCACAGAAGUACGUGUAUCCUAAUCUACCUGGUUGUCACUUCAUCUACUGUCAAAAUUUCACCUUGUGAACAGCUUGCUGUUACAAAUGCCACUGUGAUACGGACAGCUACUGAAUCCCUUGCAACAGUAAAUUACAGGCCUUUGUUUGAAAUAAACUCCUGCUCAAGACUGCAGGGUUGUCAGAAAGUUUUGAUGUAGACAGCUGAGUUGUCAAAGUAAGCGGACAGUCCAGGGAUUUUUUAUUUAAAAAACGCCAUCCAUAAAGAAAUGCCCAGCAGAGUAGCCGGCCGAUACUAACCAAGUAGAUGGCGAUUUUCGCCAGCAGCCAGCUACUUUUAACAACCCUGGACUGUCAUUAAUCAAUGACAUGUACGCUUACUCAUGAUCCCAAAGGUUACCCGCAAUAACAGGGCUCGAAAAUAGUCCUGUCCAGUAGUCUGGGACAAGCAGAUUUUCUUGCUUGCCUAAUGGGCAAGAAUCCAAUUUAAGUCAUCCUUUAACAAAAUCAUUAACUAAGACAAGCAAGAAGUGCCCUCAGGCUAGCAAAAUUUGAGAGCUGCUUGCCCAGAAGAUAUAAGCUUGAAUCCAUUUUUCAUCUAGUCCUGAAAAAAGGGAGUCAGGGGCUUCAGUAACUUUUUCUAUAAACAGCUGCUGAUGGUUGAAAAGGCAGCUAAGACCAGGAAAGGGGCUUUAAGACCUUAAAUCCUACUAGACUGCAGUAAGAGACCCUAUUGACAACUGGUGGUAGACUGCUAGUAGUCUGUAGAUGUAGUUGUUAGGUAUAGUACAUGUAGUGAACAGUUAAAUGUACAUGUAGGAGGAAGGUGUUUAACUGCAGGAUGAUUCAUAAAUAUUAGGACCUAGUUUGAACAUAUAAUAAUAGACAACUUUGUGCUAAACUAACCAAAGGAGAUGGGUUGGACAUAUGUAAAACGAGUGUGUGAUACCACAAAAUUGGAUUGGGUCUCCAGGGUUGUUUGCAAGAGCCAGCAGCUGGUGAAGACAGCCUGCUACACUGCAAGGUUUUCCUUGCUACCUUCACAACAUGAUGUUGAUUGCUUAUUGAAACCAAAGUUUAAUUGCUCUCUGGAACAGCCUGCAUAUAAAUUAUUUUGAUUCAGUUGGCAUAGGGGCCAUUAAAAACAAUAUGUUCUUCCAAGUUAGUCACAUAUGAUAAUACCAUGCAGUUGUUCACACUAUUGUCGUGGCAAGUGUAAAUCAGAAGCCAUGUAGUUACAUUUUUUAAACAAAGUGUAACUUGAACUGCAUUUGAUAAUGUUAAGACAGUCAGUGGACUUCCAGAAAAAUUGACAUAUUGACCCAAAUUUGGGGUCUUUUAAUUUGUAUUUUCAAGAGUCAACAAGUAGUUUCCCAGCUUGAAUUGUGUUUGUUCAAUCAGCAAUAUAGUGAUCCGUGAUUUGGUCAUCAGUGUUAUAUUCUGGUCAUUGCUGAUGACCCUUAACUCUACUUAAAAAACCAGUUCAAAAUGUUUAAGCAUCAAGGAAAUGAUAACAACACUCAAGGUCACUAAUUUGAAUUUUGACACAGCUUCUUUUGCCGGGAAUCAUCUCAGAGUCGUAAUUGUCAUUAAUGUAAACUUUCAUCAGCAAUUUUUUUGAUGACAUGGAUUUGAAAUUUGUGGGAGAUUAAACUGUACUCUAAUCACUAUUAGGUGAAAACAACUCAUUUCAUACAUAUCAUUGUUAAUGGAAGGAAAAAAGGACAUUAUCAUGCAAAUUACUUUGAACUGAAUUUAAAGAAUGUGCCAUCCUUUUGUUGUAGCCUUCAUCCUUUAAUUACAUGUAACUUUGACAAAGAAAAUUGUGAGUUUAAGGAUUUAAAGCCAAAUCUUGCUGACUGACCUCUUCCUGUACAAAAAAUAUAGUAAGUAAUUUGGUAUACUUAAUUUAGAUGUAAAAAAAGCUUGCAGCAUUUUUGAGUUAUUGAAACCUUUGUAUAUUUGUUUACAAGUCUUUCUUUCAUCAGACCUUUGUCUCUUGGUAAUAUCCGUUAUGAGUGUAAUUUAUAACUCAGGCCGUCACUUUAUCCUCUUUGUCUAUGAACAUUGUAAUAUCCUGUCUAUUAUUAUGAAAUGCUUAUUGGCAUUGUAUAAAUCCUGCUAUGAUUGUCAUGGCAGGCCUUUCCAUUACAAUACAGCUCAAGGUGUUAUAAAACUUUUAUGAUGGACAUCCCUUUGUUGACAGUGAAUAUGCACAUUCUGAUUUGAAAAUAUCGAUGAUGAAGAAAUGGCCAACAUGUGAGCUGAGGCAAAUACUAGAGCAGUUUAAAAAUGUCGUUAUACCAGGAUCAUGCUUAAAUGGCAGAAAAAAAGAAGUAAAUAUGAAAAUUAUGGCAGCUUUAUUUAGAAAUGAUGUUAGCAUUUCUGGAUGUAACAUAAUCCUUGUUUGUUGACAUGAUUGUACUGUUUCAUGCGUUAGGGCAGUCUUUCUAUAUAAACCCUGCAGUGCUUUGUAUAUUAUUCUUUUGUGAAGUUAUAUAUACCGUUCCUGAAGACAGCAAUGUUACACCACUCUGAAUUUUUAAACUCUGCAACUUCAUACAACUUUAAUGUAUUUCAGUUCCAAGGGGCGUACUGUAACUUACUGUUGUUUGUGUUCAUGUAAACAAUUUCUUCUUAAAUUCUGCGAAACCUGAAGUUUAAAAUGCUUUCUUUAAACAGAAGUCAUUUUUAAGGCUACUUUGUAUACAAUUAGCUACAGAGCUAGUGUAAAAUCCGAAUUGCCAUGCUUAUCACAUGUAUCUUCAUUUGCAAUUGGCUCAGUGAAACUUGAUGUUACAUGAAAACUCUUAUAAUGUUAUGGUGUUUUUUACUGUUAAUGAUAUACGUAUCUGUGUAAUUAUUAUAUAAUAAUAAAAUGUCUGCAUUUUUUCCAAACAAGUUUAGCUUAUUAACCUGCCAUGAUUUAAUGGAACUUAGGUUUGCUCUAAUUAUGUCUACAUGUUGUGACAUUAGUGUGUCUACAGCUGUCAUCGCUCUUGGCAGAGAUUGAGGCAUCUGUAACAUGACGAAAUAAUGUUUUAUUCAUUUCAGCUGGUCAAAAAAUCCCAGGGGUCUAUGCACGCCCAGUGACCAGGGCUCAAAAGUUGGAGAAUCUUCAGUUAUGCAUGAGUUUUAUGGGAAACAGAAAUAUAGACCUGCAGGGCAUCUAUGUUGGAGGCAAGUGUCUAGUACAUGUUUUCUUUAAUUUUCUGAUUCCUUGAUCUGCAAUACACUGUGUGAUGACAUCACAAGGAUCAAGUUGACACAGUGUAGAGAACUAAUCCUGGUAACUGAGACUCUUAAAACCAGGGAAGUAAAAACGGGUAGUAUUAAAAGUCCAUCCAAACAUAAAUGUUGUAGAAAAAUGAAAGAUCAAGGUGAAAACAUUCAUUAGUUCAUAAAGCCAUGUAUAGGCAUGGUGAAUAGUAAAAUCAGAGACUUGUUUGAACGUAAGGGACUUUGCAAGAAAAUUUAAUGAUUUUGAGGUAGAAAGAGACUAACAAGGAUUGGAAAAUAACAUCCUGACUAGCCAGAAGACCUAUCCUGUUCUGUAGUGUAAUCUCUGUGUGCAUUUAUUCCCUUAGAUCUCAUUGAUGGCAAUGUGAAGUCUGUUUUGAGUCUGUGCAGGAAUGUUAAGUCACAGUUUAAGGUAAGUUACUGAGUUGGCUCCCAACCAUUUUUGAGGGCUUUACUUCAUACCACUUGGCUAAUUUACAUGUACCUGACGUACAGGUUGCAAAGAAAGUCAGUUUUACAGCUAUUCAGGCAAGCUGCACCUGGCAUGUACUAGCCCAAAAGUCAUUUCAACUAGCCUCAAAAUCGUUUUGAUGACGAGGAUUGAUUAUACAGUUCUUAUUUAAUUUGAAUUCCUCAAAAAAAGUCACUUGCCCUGAAUACACUAGCCCGAUAGCAAAAUCUACUAGUCCAGGGCUAUCGGACACUACUUUCUUUGCACGUUGACUGAUGUGAUGUAUUACUAGUUAAGAGACUGAGAUCUCCAUCUGCCUGAUCCUGAGGCUAGUUUAACAAAUAUUUCUUAUAAUAAUAUUUAUAAUUGUUCGAUUCACUUAUGUAUGCUUUAAACACAUCGCAGGGUGAAGGAUGGGUAUCUCCUGAUGGACCUCGACCCAGCUCCUCCGGCUCAAACAAGGAAGGUUCAGUGCCAUAUCUACCCUCAACUAAUGGUAGGUAAACUUUUUUUGCACAAGUGUGAUUACGUUCAUCACAUCUUUUUAUCUAGUCCCCGUUUUGAGCAAUUAAGUCCCCUCAGGUGUGUCGGAAAAGUCCGUAAAUUAAUGCAGAUCUUGAAUGUUCUUCUCUGUUGGUUUUUUUUCUUAAAAGUAUUUUGCCAAGUAUUUUGAAAGCAAUUGUACAGUUAAAGGUGAAUUUAGGUAAAGGUGCAUCUUACACGUCGGUACUUACUUUGUUAAAUCUUGCUUGUAUAGGGUAUUCUGCACUUAGAAAAAUCAAUUUUAUUGUUUUCUCCCUUCCUGAUGAUUUGCUUGUUCAUGUUAUUUACACCCCCACUGUAAGACUCUCUUAUAAACACCCCCAGCUGGGGUGGGGGAGGGGAGCCGUGAAUGCUUUUUUCCAUCCUUUUUUGAGAUGGGGGAUGUUUGCUUGCUUAUUUAAAACUGGAGCAGCAUCCCUGGGUAGAAUAUGGUAUUAUUGAAGAACUGAAACUUGUUAGCCACACCACCGGGGUCUACGUCCUCUACUCUUUUCGAACAGUGGUUUGGGUUCGUUAACGUCCCACAAGAACCGGAUAAGUGAAAGUGCGAUCUCCCGCCCAACUGAGCUAACCAGGCAGUGGCUGUUGCUUCCAAGAACUUCAAUUUUUAUUUUUUAUUUCGUCUUUACAGGUUAUGAUGUUGACCCACGCACCCACGGCAGUAGCUCAGGGUACCAUUCAGAUGAGGCCUCACCAACGACACAGAAAAAUGAACCAUCUCCUAUCCAUGACUUCCGCAUGCCAGGAAUGCUUGAAGGCCAGGAAAGUCCAAUUCUGUCACGAAAACCAGUACAGCCUUCGGAUGUUAUCAUUACGGUAAAUACUAAUUUUCCGAACGGUGUCAGCAAGCAAAAAUAAAUAGCUUUUUCGUACAGCAGGGCCAAACCAGUCACAUUAUAAGCUCCAACGUAAAAAUAUUUCUCAACAAAUUCACCUUGUUUAUUAAUAAGGCCAGUUAAAGCAGUUAGGCAUGUCAAAGGACAGACAAAUGACAUAAGAAAGUUACUGUUUUAGAUAUUCCUUUUCUUACUUAGAGUUUCCGUGAAAUGUCACAUUGUUCUUUUCUAAAGUGCUCGUUUUCUUUACAAAGUCAGCAGAGUAAAAAACAAACAAACAAACGAACAAAAUUUAGCCCUAAAGUAAAAAUGAGAAAAGCCCAGCCCACAUCGUUGAUUUUGCCAAAUUCUUAUGACUCGCUAUUGGUCGUAUUUAGGAGUUUCCACUGUAUAUGGUAAAUUUCACUAAGGUUACCAUCCUCUUAUAUGUAAACUGUAACAUUUAAAGUAUUGUUUAUAGACCCGAACAGAAUUGGACAAGCGAGGAGUCCUUCAAACAGCCCGGAAUCUCUCACCGUCACAGGUACGUUUCUAGAGACCUUUAAGGUGAUGUUACACGAGUACGAUUCGCAACGACGAUUUUUAGCGCAACACAGCGUUGCAACAUUAGGGCCAUUUAUACGAGGAAAAAUAAGACGCGUCUUACAUAAGACCCGUCCUAAAUAAGACGCGAACUUUCCGUAUAAACGGCACAUUUGGUCUUAAAUAAGACGCGACUUAGCUAAGACGCGACUUAUUUUAGACGAAAUGUGCCGUUUAUACGGAAAAUUCGCGUCUUAUUUAGGACGCGUCUUAUUUUUCCUCGUAUAAAUGGCCCUAUUGUUGCGACAUUGUUUCGAAUUGUUACAACAUUGUUCCAACAUUGCAACGCUGUGACGCGCUAAAAAUCGUCGUUGCGAAUUGUCCUGUGUAACAUCACCUGUAGGUUCUAAAAGGAGGACGAUUAAGAUGACGAGAUUUUCUCAAUACUAUUUAGUGCGAGCUUUUGCAACGACGACGGCGACGGCAGCGGAAACGUCACUUUUAAAAUGAAUUCGCGUUUUUCAAACUUUGUCGCGUUUAUUCUAAUUCUUUGAAAAUGUCAAAUGUAGGCGAAUUUCCCUGGAGUUGAUUUCUUUGGGACCGCACUCAAGUUUAGAAAGAGAAGGAAAGAAUUCGUUGUCGCUUGUUGACGUCCUUCAUAAAACGUCGUAGUCGUGCAGUGACGGCAAAGAAAUGUACAAAAAAGUGUGAUGCACGUGCAAAGUUGUUCUUUUACGAAUUAAAUUAACCUACUGCGUUUUUGCUGUUCUCGUUGCCGUCGCCUUCGUCGUUGCAAAAGCUCCCUAGUUUGGCGAGAAAACGCGAUAACCGUCGUCAUUCUACUAUGAGUUUAGGUGAAAAUGUAGUGACGGAAACAAGUUUUCAAAUGUUAGAAGCUUAAUCAUUUACAGUAUAUCGAUCGGGAGAGGGCUUAACUUCUUCAAUAAAAAUAACCGUUUUAAAAAAUGAACGGUUUGGACAGGUGGUGCUCUACAUUAAUGAAAACUGAAAAUUGUUUCUUUUUAGAUGCGUGCUAAUGGGGCGAUCUCACUUGAGGACAGGCUGAGGUCACUGUUGAGCAGUCCAAAUCCUGGAGGGCUUCCUGUCGAGGUGAUUGUGUGAAAAUCAUGAUAGUAGUUAAUUAAAAAGUGUGCAAUUAAGAUUUUUCUAGAAAAAGUCAGUAUUAGGGGCCAGAGAAAGGUUAUUAGAUUGUAGAACGUAUAACAUUCGGUUUCUUGUAAGUUCUUGUACGCUAUAACGAACGUUAUUCUUCCCCACAGUAAUAGUAAAGUACAUGUAUGUGAAAAAGAACUUUUACUUGAUAUAAUGAAACCUCAAUGUAGCGAACAUUAAUGAUUCCCAGUCUCUUGGCCUUUCAUUAUAUCGAGGUUCAGUGUACUGUUCAUAUCCACGGAGUAAAGUAGCUGGAAAGUAGGUGUAAUGAACGGGGAGCUUAGGUAACAAAGACGGCGACGAGAAUUCGCGCUCUCGGCUUCAAACACUAUCGUGUUUAUUCCAUCUCGUUCAAUUCGGCAAAUAAUGGAGAAUUUUUCUGGAGUUGAAUUCUAAAGGACUGUGUCGAAGUUCAAGACAAGAAAAAGAAGAUCGUAUUGUUGUUUUGCGUUCACUUGCUCCACAAAACGUGAAAAUAUGAAGUUUCACGUUGUUAUCGUGAAGCGACGGCAAAGUAAUGUACAAAAAUGCGUGAUGCACGUGCAAAGUUGAUGUUUUGCUAAUCUAAGGGCCUGUUUACAUGGAGGUGGGGGCCCCAGAUAGGUGACGUAACAUGCGGCAGGUCACCCCACCUAUCAUGUAAACGUGAUCAAAGUAAAAGAGAGAUUAUGUGGACAGGCGGGUUACCCCACCUAAGCGGGUUACCUCACCUAACCGAGGUCCUCCACCUCCAUGUAAACAGGCCCUAAACCUAUUGCCUUUUUGGCGUUCUCGUUGCCGUCGCCGUUACUGAAGUUUCCUAUUAUCUCAGUGUAAAUUUGGUGGUGAUAAGGAUUUGCUUGAGACACUUAUUUUUACUUCAAACAGGAAACGGAGGAGGAAAUGCUGAUUCCCCCACCACCAAAACUACAGCCAUUUCACGAUGAAGAUGAUGUUGAACGUCGACUGCAGUCUUUGCUAGAUGUUGCCGAGGAAGACCAGCCGGGUAUGGAAUCAAAGCCGAAGGACUUCAGUAGCAUGAAGGAGCUGGACAGGAUUGGAUAUGUGGUAUGUUGUUUGUUAAGGAGGCUUUGACAUUUCUUUCUAGUUCAUUUCGUUAAUAAGAAGUAGCCAAGAUAGUAUACCACGAAGCACGACGUCAAAAUGAAAGCGAAAGGUUUUCAACCUCGUUAACACGGGUCUGCACAACUUUUGAACGGACUAAACGUACUUACACGGAUCCGCCUUUCGUUUACACAAGACCCGCCAAGCCGUGCAAGUUUUUGAACGGCAAUGUGUUCAAGUUUUUCACAAAAGUAGGUCAAAAUUUUUGACCCGUAUGGUUCCCCUUUUGCGUGAACCAUGCAAAUUUUUGACACAGUUUCAGCGCAGGUAAAGCCUGGACGUAGUGGAGCCCAGUGACGCACCUUUGAUACAAAAAAAAGCCAUUCCAGUGCUGACACCGUCAAAAAUUUGUACGGACUCGUGUAAAAAAAUAAAAUAAAAAUACACACUUUUUAAAAUGUCUUGCAAUUCGUCAGUUUGAAAUUUCUUUUAAUUUGUCCAUCCGUUCCUUUUCUGGUAUUUUUUAGCCUGCAGAGCUGGUGGGAUUAGUGCGACUGCUGUAGUUUUUGGCGGCAGAGACGCCCAAGAAUCCCGCCAGCUGAGCAGGCUAGGUAUUUUUGUGUGUUUUUUAUACUUCUUGUAAUGUUUUGAGCGGUUAUUUUUUAUGAUUUACCAAAUUUGUUGACAUUUCCCACUGUUUAAAUUUGAUAAAUUCAGUCCCAGCACAGCUCGUUAAAGCUUUUGGUACAUGUCGAAAGCAAGUUUGAAGUAGAGAAAUGUUUUGAACACCAGCAUUUCCACUAGAGAAUUUCACUUUUUAGGGAAGUAGAGCAUUUUGUGAUGUAUUUAUGAUUUUCUAAGCCAAGCCACCCUUCACAAAAGAUGCGAAAUGUUCAGAAGGGGCGCGGUCAAGCCAGAACGAGCAGUUUCACAGGGAAUGCAAAGCCUGCAAGGUAAUAUUUAUUUUCAUUUACUAGUGCUGAUAAUUAUAGGUGUGUUGUUUGGUAUGGUCCAUUAUUUAAUGAACUGAGGUCGACUUAAAAAUAGAAGGGAAUGAAAUAAAUACGAGAAUUUAUUGAAUAAAUAAAUAGAGACGGAAAGAAAAAGAUAACGAUUUAUUGGUCGCACAUCCACAGUGUGGUUUUUCGUCUGCGAUUCCAUGUGUGUAAGCAAUAUACAUGCAUGAGUAAGCAAUAAUACUGUUUAUUUCGUUUCAUUUUUUGUGAUGUCUGUGUCCUCAAAAUGCAUUGCGUGCAUUUCGUUGUGACAUCUGAAGAUCAGAAGCACAGGUUCUUAGCUUCCUUGUAAAAGUUGGCUGAUACCAGACCUCGGAUUUCCGCAGCAUUUUCUGUAGGAAAUAAAUAAAACAACGUGGUAAAUGUCAAGCUCAGCAAUGCUUUGAGGUUUUUGGUCGAAGAAAAACGAUGUUUUCUGGACUUGUUUCGAACCACACAAUUCGCGGGAACUGAUUUGACUUUCCAACCAACAAGCCACAUGGGAGUUCUUAGCGAAUUUACCCACUAUUUACUUUACUUCGCUCAUUUAUGAGAGGUGUCGUACAUGCUAUCACUGCUUGUUGUGUUUUACACUUUUUCAUUUCUGUAAGAAAUUAGUCGAAUGAAAGCUGCACUAUUUUUUGUUUGGAGAGUAAGACUGAGUUGUCUGAUUGUUGUUCUUUUUUUAGGGGAGCAAAGUUACCAGCUGCACCUCAAAAUAGAAGAAGCCGAGUAGAUUCAAACUCGCCAUCCGUUUCGCCCACGCCGCGUGGCAAACUUGCUGCGGCUGUGUCAGCGGAAGGGAUAGCGUCGCGAACUCAGAUUUCCGCGUCGCAAAAACCAACGCGGGAGUCGCGGUCUGGAAGUACGUACAGUGAGAAAACCCAUACAAGAAAACUCGUCAAAGGAGAAGGCACGCCUCCAAGACGAUUCCAAAGAAGUAGCUCAUCACGUUCAGAUUUCCUCCAACAAGUUGCUGACAAGUUAGCGGACAGGUCUACCACAUCGACAGCAAUUUCGGAAUCGGACACUCCAUCUCCUGCACGGACACCAAUGCUUCCAACACUGUCACCUGCAUCAUCAGUCGCCACGUACGUGUUUAUGAGCUCCUCUGAUUCUUCAUCUGGUCUGAGCUCCGACGAAGACGAGGGAAGCCGUCGUCGGCGAAGAUCAAAAAGCUAUAGUGGCAGUGGGACACCAGCGAGUAGAAGAGACAGAGGUAAAACACUUUGAUGUACAGUGAAAGAAUCUCUAUAUGAGACUACCUCUCGUAAGCGAUCACCUCCCUUAAGGGACUACCUUCAGAAGUUCUUAGGGGUUCGUUUUGCGAAGGGCAGGAUUGCAUGUCGUGUGGAAGGCUAGUCAAAACCCUACCUUUGAAAUCUCUCGUAAGGGACCACCUCUCGUAAGCGACUGCGACCACUCUUUGGACCAAUGGGUUUAUAAUUUUCCACAGCCUGUUCCAGUAAUAAACGCAGAUCGAGAAAAGUUGCGCGAAAACCGCGCGGGGGUUAGGAGAGUUAGGGGAGACGGGAAAGUGGAGCCCGUUAGCAUUGCUUUCAAUACCUUAUAAGGGUAUACCAGCUCCUGAUAUACCCUACAAUUGGUCAAAUUGGACAGUUACGUCGACUCUUACGUCAAUCAUUUGGCUUCACGAGCGCAGAGUCAAAGAAUUAUGGUGAGCUUGUGAAGCCCUCUUCCACCGCACAUUUUGACACAGGAAACAGUUUCUCUGAAAGUGGGCGGGACAGUCGGGGCACUGAGGUGCUUAAAAAAAAAUGCCUACAGGUUCUCUCUAUGUCUUUUCCCGCCCGCUUUUCCCUACCCUUUUUUCGCUCGCUUGCACUGACCGGGAGCCUGGCACAGGCUAAAUUUCCAUUGUUUUCAACCUCUUUUUAGCGACCACUUGACAAAUGGUCUGAUCUUUAUGUUCACUGUGUGCACUAAAUGAUAACCUACAAUCGCCGACAAAAGGAGUUGAGACACUUCGCCCUAAUUCUAAAGGGGCUUUUUGACGUUUUCCUGACUUCAAAAGGAGAAAAUAUAGCUUUUCCUCCCCAGUCCUCUCCAUGCAAUGUUGUGCCGCUGUUCGAGCUACAUUUAGAUUACAACAAACACCCCAACUCUGAAUGGAGUGGACAGGGGAGGGGUGUGGGUUCUUUUGUUCUCUGAAUUUACCCUAUUUGAGUACAAUGUCUCCACAAUUUUGUCGGCGAUUGUAGCUCUGCAAGUCUGUGGCCGCACCUUUUUCUGAAGAGACCCCCUCUGUUUCGACUCUCAUAGCCAACAUCUUCCCUAAUCGACCAGUAAAUCUUAGCCUUUUGAGCCUUCGCUUACAGGGGGUUCGUCUGCAGUUACAGAUGUGCGAAUAGCAUGCUCAGCUGGCUUGAGCAACAAACAAAACGUUUAUCGUUCUCAAAUGCAAGGCGCCUUUCUUGAAUUUUUUUACUUAUUUGUUCUGUUACGUUUGGUCGUUUUUGUCUUUGUCUGUUACGUUUUGUCUUGUUAAUGUACGCUAACGAAUUUCGUACAAAUUAUUGCCUGUCAUUUUUGUCUGGUCGGGAAAGACACUAAUCUAUUUCGAGACCUCGGGAGCACAGUAAGGCAGCAUUUAUUUCUGUGUUGGGAAAUGUGCGGUGCUUUGCUAAUUGGGGAGAUUGACUUUAUAUUGUGUGAACUGAGUCCAUAAAACGAAUCUUGGUGGAAUAUUUAUGGCUGGUUGUUUGAUAAAAAUUGCAUGCCUUGUAGAAAAUGACUGCCUUUUCUUUAUUUCCACUUAUUUUUAUUAGGAAAAGCGAAAAACUCUCAGGAUUUGCAGUCCAUUCGUAAACAGGUAUCACAUCAUUCGCAGGCAUUUUAAUGAAGUAACAUAUAUCGACUAACUAUAUACUUUAGUUAACUUGGGUUGAUCACGAGAAAUGUGUAAAUUUACCCAAAGUAACUGAUAGCCUUUUUCAAUAUAUAUAUUUUCAAUCUUUAGUAAAGGUGUCAAGAUAAGUAAAAUGAAGCUCCUUACGUGCAGUCGGAGUCCACAGUAAAUCACAAAGGAAUUUAACUACCUUCUCUCUAUAAAGAAGUUACUUGUUCUGUGGACUGAAUAUUAUAAAUAUUGCGAGAAACAUCAGAAGAUGGAAUCACUUGGAAUUCUUAAAGGUGUUCGUAUGUAAGGCUUUAUAUAGUGUGCCAUAUCAAAAAGCAUGUAUAUGAAGUUGUUUGCAAAAUAUCAAAAUUUUUAAUUUUUGAUUCUUUUUUCUCGUAGCUUGAAACACUUGAAGAGAUGUACAGUGAAAUCUUGGUGGAAGUUGGAUCUAAAGAUUCAAGAAAUUCUACCGAGAAAAACAGUCAACGAACAGCAGAUAUUCGAGGUAUGCUGUGUUUUGCGGUUGCCAUUUCUGAAGUUUGGAAUCCUGGCUUGUCUAUAGCUAAUAUAAUAGCUGUUUGGUGGACUAGCUAUAGAAUCGCUGCAGUUGCCGUUGAUUUUUAUCUUCCAAUCUGUUUUUAUCUCACAGUAUCAACAAUUUUAAUUAAAUAGAUCAGUUUAUUAUUCAUUAGGUUAUUGGUGGUUUUAAGAGUCUUCUCAGUGUCACGUAAAAUAUAUAUUACCUUUUUUGCGGGCCAUGCUCUCAACGCCUUUAGUCUCAACUCUUUUGUGUAAGUUCUCGGUUUUUGCCUCGCACGUUGUAUACAGAAAACAGUCUUGGUUUGCAAAGAGAUGCUGGACUCAUCGGACGUACAAGUCUGAAGGCUCUGGUUUGCACAGAGAAAGACUUUCCUUUCUGUUUCUUUUUAUUAUGAUUUUUUUGUGUGUUGUUGUUUUUUGAUAGAUCUUCCUUAACAACAACGACGCAUGGCGAGCAACAGUUCUGUAAAUCGUGAAGGCGACGCAACGAUUUAAACGCGCUUUUUUCUGUGGCGGCUUAGAUGUUCAGUUAGUUUAGCCUGCGUAUUAAGCGUUUUCGCCUCGGCCUUGAUAUACUGACCUCACUCUCGGUUAAUGAGCAGUAUUUGUUAUAUUGAUUGUUAUUUAUUUUGAUCUUUCAGGAAGCUUGGCUGCUUAUAAGAAACAAAGGAACAAAGAUAUCAAGUAAGAUAUAAAUUUGCGAUAUACUACACAAAUCAGGCAAAGAAGAAAACUAACAACUGAGCUCUCCUUUAUUUUAUUUUAAAAUGCUGCAUCCAUAAUGUAACGUAAAGAGAGUCUAGCCGCUGGGAUGGACAAUGAUGGAACAAGCAAUUGGCACGUCGUUACAUAUGUAGGAUGUUCGGUCUGUCUGGAACCAGUCAUGGAUUGGUAGACCAGGUUGAGAGUACAAUAUGCAAUACCUUAAGUGAACUAAUAGAUGCCCUAUUUUAAACAUUUCAAGAAAUCCUCCUAUAUUUCCUAUAGAUAGGACAUAUUCUGGUAUCUGCUCUGUGAAGCAAUUUACAAAAUCAAAAUUCUUUAUCAGUAAAUGUAGAAUUUUUUUAUUAUUAUUAUUCUUUUCCUUUAAAGAGUCAAUAUUUUGGCAGAAAAUUCCAAUAUUUUCCUAUAUUUUGAACUUGAACAGCCUAUUUAUCCCACAGAAUUUUCCAAAAAGUGGCUGGGAUGCCUGCUUGUCUCAUAUACGCCCGCUGCGCUUUUACGUUUGUAUUAGACGCCUCUCUGUAAUAAACGCCCCGCAUGACAGUUGUUCCAGUAGUGGAAUAGUGAAAUAGAUCGAAAUCAUUCAAUUGAUUCAUUGUCUUGUUUCAUUAACACAAGUUUGCGCAUUGCAUUUUGUUUAAUGUCAAGUUCAAAGUAAGGAUUCUGACAUGGAAGUACAGGUUUAUAAAACGAAAUGGAUCUCUACAAGGCUUAGAGAUAUUAAUGAAUGGACUGGAUAGUUUGCUAUUUAUAUACUGUGCUGACGUAUUGGCUGAAAGCAUAUUCUUGGCUUGCACUGUCACGCAAUGAAAAAUAAAAAUGCAAACCAUUCAAUAUAGAAGGAAUAGAAUCUGUGAAAUAAAAAAAGAUAAAUAUACAAAAACCCUUGCCAAGAAUCAGGUCUGUGAAAUAUUUCAAAUGCGAGAUAUCGGGAAAAACGGUUUACUUAAAUUUAUAAAGCUUUGUAUGGAAACGCCAUGUUGGUGUCCCUUUCAGGAACACCAAUAUGGCCGCCGGAUACCAACAGAACAUCUGUUUUCUAGUUUUCCUACUAAUGCGUGAAUUCUUCGCUUGAGGAACUCAUAAAAAUUACAGUAAUAUUUAUUCUGAGACAAGGAAUGUUUACAUUGCAAAAUCUCCCAAAAUCGGUUAUGUUUUAACCCUCGUAAGAGCUUUCCCGGCCGCCAUCUAAAUGCCGCGUCACGCAAAGGCCUGGGAAUUCAAGAGUCCUCUCUCGCAAAACGAAGAACCCUUUCGAACCAAAAACUUUUUUAUGUAAAGGUGUUUAGGUACUGUAAUACCUCGUGAAAGUAGAAACUCAGAAGAAUCGAUAGUUUCUUAGUUUGAUUUUUGGUGACGUCACGUGCAACCCAAGAAUUGGGUUUGUGGAGUUUGUUACCCUUGUAAAUGAAAAUGAACGCCUCUCUCUUUUAAACGCCUAUUAUCUAUUAAACGUCACCGCUCUAGUAGACUACGAGCAGUCUCUCUUUUCCUUGUUCCGUCAAAAAAAAAACUUAAAAACUUAUAAGGCGAUUUCGAGUAAAACGCGCGAGACACGCUAAUAACCACGCGCGUGACUGAAGUCACGAGAAGGAAGAGGCGCCCUCGCUUCUCUCAUCUCGAGGCCUCCGCAAGCGUGCACUCCCCUGUCUAAAUCUGAAGAAAAGAGAGAAUGUUCGCAGUCUACCGCUAUAGGUGGUCUCUUUCCGAGCCGCUCGGUCACAGUCACGCGAUGCUCCCCGCCCUCAUGCCCCGGCCCGAGUGGCUACGAAGGCCGGAGACUACUGCUUGGAAUCGAAACAUAAAAUAGACGCCCGGGGCGUCUAUUAGAUCAUUAACGGUAUGCAGCUUUGUUCUGUUCACUUGUGAAUAUUAUCAUUGAUUGUUCAGUUCAUAGUCGAAAGACUUCUUCAUGACAUAUUUUUCUCCCUGCUCUUUUCAAACAGGGCAGUGAACAAACGAUUCAGCCGCUUAGAAUCUCACGUAGUAACCUUAGCCAGAAGUGUGGCGCAUUUGUCUUCAGAAUUACGCUCCCAGGCCUCAAUAAGCCAAGAUAUGGAUGAUAUGAGAAGACAAGUGAAUGCUCAACAAUACAAGCCCGAGGAAGACAGUGAUCCUGCUAAGGAAAGUGCUAUGCUUCAGUCACGCGUUAAGAAACUCAGAAGGUGCGUCUGCGUCUUAACCAUUGAAUUGCAAAAUUCGCAUUCUAUCUUAGGCUCCUACGAGGGCGUUAUUUUGGGACGUCACGUAUUCCGUUCAAGAGGUGUCGUUGCGUGACGAGCCGAAAGAACUUUUAAGCUAGUUGAGUGUAACGAAUGUGUUGAUUAUUCAUCACAUGAUAUGUCUUCGGGGGGGAGAAAAAACAACAAAAACAGAAAAAUUAAAUAAAAAUAAAAACGAACGUUAGUAACAACCAUUUUGUGGCCAGUCACCCAAAUGAGGGUUCAACAUUCAUCCAAACUUGGCGAAAUAGGUUACCCGGAUAGGAUGAAUACAGGCACUGUCAGGUUUGACCUGUGCACGGAUAUCCUGCCACAGAUGUUCCUUUUAGAGCCAAUUCCAUGUAGAGAAGCUACACGUUACAAGUUCAAUGAAGUUGUGAAACAAGUACAUAAAAACUGCUAUUGAUUCGUUGAUUUUUUUCAUUCAAUGUAGUUUUUUCGGCGAGGACCCUCCACUCCUGGCAAUCUUCCUGAAGAAGCUUGGAUAUGAGGUAACAUAAUUUACAAACAUUCCUUUUAUGUAACGCGUUCGUAGUUAACGAGGAAGGUUUCUAUUGCUUUCGCCGUUCAUGCAACAGUCUGUUACUCAUCUGCAACUUUUACUCUAAACUUGUCCAUUCUUUUUUACCUUUAGUAAUCACAAGGAUUUCGUCAUUUAUGUCCAAGAACAUCGAAAUGCAAAUUCAGACCUUUUAAUCAUAGUUAACGACAAAUUGUCAAAUUAUUUAGAAGGAUAUGAAGAAUUAUGCAUAUCGAGGAGGGGCGGCCGAGGCUGAUAACACCCUCCAAGAUCUGCAUAAUUCUUUAUAUCCUACGAAAGCCGAAUUCAUUAAUUUCCUUAUUAUUCAACUCCUAGUUUAAAAAACAAGCUAAAACAUGCUUACCUUCGUCGGUGUUAAGUUCUCGUUUAUGGUGUAUGUUUAGAAGAAAAAGGGCUGUUCCGGUCUGGAAAUAUACUCCAAAAAACAGAUGUUGUCCUUCGAGUUGUCUUCUUGCUAUGUUCGUCGUGAAAUGAGUAAAAUGUUCCGCCGACUGUUCGGCCAUUUUUCUUUUCACAACCAAAACAACUCAACCUCGUCCCAAGGUCUUCUCGGUUAACGGUGUAUUAACCUGCAACUGAGCUGCACUUUUGACGUCAUCGGUUGUUUAAUCGCAAAAUUCUUCCAAAUUUGGUCAACAGUUCCUGGUUAUGGUGAAUUAUUCGUGUGCUUUUAGUCGAUCAGAAACGGAGAAAUAUUUUGAAUGAAUAAUAAUGUCAACUAUUUGACCCUUUGUGGAUUAACAGUUACAUGGUACAAAACCACUUUGCCUGAAGAGUUGGACAAGCAUUGGGGAAAGAAAAUAAAGAAAUUACGUUACUGAAAAGCUUAAUUUUCUCUCUUCUCAAUGUCCACUGUACGCCAGCGAGGAGUUUUAAUUCCAUGUGACUGUUUACCGAUAAGGGCCUAUUUAUGUUGUUUUUUCUGUCGCGACUGUUUGAUGAGUAUUUGAAUUGGUUUUCUCAGUAUUAAAGAUAGAUUUUUCUUUCUUUUUUUUUUGUAACAGAGAUUUGCGGAUAAUUUCGAGGCAGAGCAAGUUGGAAUAUUAGAAAUGUCAUACAUGACGGAAGAAAGACUGCAGAGUUUAGGAAUUCCACUGGGGCCGAGAUUAAGAAUUAUGGAGGAAGUCAAGAAAUUAUCUUCCCAUUUAGCCAGUGUAUAG